UUUGUGUAUUUUUAAAUUUUUAAACAUUUUGAGCUAAACAAAUUCGAUUUUGUAUUAUAUAUUUCAAAUAAGACAAUCAAUUUUUUUUUCAAACAUGAAAGUCGUUGUUCAACGUGUUUUAAGAGCCAAAGUUUCAGGUAAUUAUAGGCAUUGAUGUAAACAUAAUAUUAUUUAUACAAUGAAUUUAAAAUGUUUUUUUUAUUAAAAUCAUUAAAUUUGGUUAUUAUAUAAAUGUACAACUACAAUAUUUUAAACAAAAAAAAUUAACAAACCUAGAUUCAUUAUAUUAUGGUUUAGUUAUUUCAAGAUAUUUGUGUCAUGAAUAAUGCUUGUUUAAUAUUUCAAAACUAUUUGUAUUUAUAAGUAUUAUAAAUUAUUUAUUAGGUAUUUUAUUAAAGUAAGCAUCUGUUAAUCCUAAGGUCUUGUUUGUUAUUUGUUAAUACCUCGACUGUCUAUUUGUAAAUACAGAAUACCUACAGUAAAAAAAAAUGAAAAUUGGUAUUUACUGUGUUUUACAAAUAGACAGCAGACCUGGGUAAAAAAUGUUAGUUUAUAUCUCAUUUGAGUUUUAAAUUUUAAAUUAACCUAAAAAUAGAAAACUAUGUUUAUUAUUAAUUGAAAUAAAUAAUAUUAUAUUUGAUAGGUACGUUUAUAAAAUAUUAUAUUUUUUUUAGUGGAUGGUUUUGAAAUAAAUUCGAUUUCUAAAGGUUUGUGUUUGUUAGUUGGUUUUCAGAAAACUGAUGGAAAAAAUGAUGUUGAUGCCAUGUAAGAAAGUAAAUACAAUUCACAUUUUAAUAUUUUGAAUAAUUAAUAUAUCCAAUUAUAAAUAGUAGGUAGUCUUAGGGCUAGUUGCAUACAUUUUCUGUAGUUACUUAUAGAAACAUCCCUCGCAGAUCUGUAAAUAACAUUAGGUGUUACUAUAGCGCUUAAUAAUACUUAAUGUAUUAUAAAUUAUCACUUAUUUCGGAACAAUAACUUAUAGGUCCAAUUUUGUACCUAUAACAUUUACUAUGUUAUUAAUAUUAUAAUAUUUCAGACAUUUAAUAAUUUAAAUAAAUAUUUGGUGUGAAUGAUUUUUUUUUAUUUUAUCAGUUGUUAUUGUUUAGCGAUAGCAAAUAAAUUUGGUUUAAUUUAUCCACAAGUUAUCAUACUUAAUAUUAAAUUACAAUUUACAAAUUCUUUUAUGCAACAAUUUUUAUAUAGUACGAAGCCAUUACGAUUUUACAGAACCUAAAGUUUCAGACAUCUAUUGUAUAAUAUAUUUACUAAUGUGUUUUUAUACAACCCGGCCUAAGUAUUAGUUUUAGCUUCUUUACUUAUUGAUCAUCACUCAUAAUACUAUCUAGUAGCCAAAAUUCUAAGGUUGUGAUUUAUUUUUUGUUAUUAUGCAAACAUUUUUUUUUUCUCGGUAACUUGAACUUUAAAAGAAAAAAAAUAAGUAAAUCUAUAGUAUUUACUUGUAAUAUUACAUAAUAUGGUUCAAUUAUUUAUAAAAUUAAUUAAAAAUAAUGAAUUCAUUUUAUUAGGGUAUUAACUAUUUAGUGUUUGUAUACUUAGUACUUGUUAUUUGGAUGAAAAAAAUAUAAUGUUUUAUAUAAUUGUUAUUUAUAUCAUGUAUUAUUACAGGGUACAGAAAAUAUUAAAGCUGCGUCUUUUUGAUGAUGGGGAAAAAAAAUGGCAUUGUAAUGUGUCUGACAUGAAUUAUGAAAUUUUAUCAAUUAGUCAAUUUACAUUGUGUUAUAAGCUCAAAGGUAACAAGUUAGAUUUUCAUAUGGCAAUGCCCGGAGAUCUUGCCCUGCAAAAUUAUCAAUAUUUUUUAAAUUCUUUACGUAAACAUUAUGAUGAAAGUAAAGUUAAAGGUAAUAUUAGUAACUGAUAUUAUAACUAUAUUUUAUUUGAUACUUUAAAAUCUUCCUGUGGGAGGUGAUUAGAAUACUCCCAUGUUAAAAGUGGGACGUACAAUUGAAAAAUAUUGUACAAACUUAAAAUUAAAUAGUGUAGCCUUCCUUAUAUUGAUAUUAGACUUAAAAAAAAAAACCUAAAACAGUGCUUGAUUAUUUAAGAGACUAGCAUCAUCAUUGAACUGAACUUAAAAAAAAUGUUUUUGAACCAGAAUGGGCUUUUUAAAAGAAUUUUUUUCAGGUUGGGUUAGUGUUUUUUUUAUAAAAUAUUUUGUAUUGGGCUUAAAAUAAAUUAUUGAACUGGACUAGACCAAACAUUGAUGAUCCUUGCAGGUCAAUAAUGCUUAGGUAGAUAAGAGGAGUGAUGAAAGAAAACUAGGAAUGAGUACAUAAGAGGUAGCUUAAGCGUGGCUUUCAUAGUUGACAAAAUAAUAAAAUAAGACUGAGAUUGUUUGGGCAUAUUAUGAGAAGAAAGCAAUCAGAAGCAACAAGAAUUAUAAUGCAAAUAAAUGCAGGAGGAAAGAGAGGAAAAUAAGACCAAAAGAGAGGUGGUUGGAUGCUAUUAUGAAUGAUAUGAGGACAGUCAGUGUAUGCGAGGUGUAUAAUUGUUGUUGGGAUGAAAGCAAAGAAAAAGAUGUAGAAUAUUGUAUAUUUUAAAAUAAAAAUUACCAAGACUACAAAACAAAUUAUAAGUGAUAGUGAGUCACUUAUCCAUAUUGUAUAUUAUAUAAUUUUUAACUAUUACACAUUCAUUUCAUUUAAUUUUGUAUAAUAAUUACUUUAGAUGGAGCAUUUGGGAAAAAUAUGGAAGUUGAAAUAGUGAAUGAUGGACCUGUGACUGUACAGUUAGAAUUUCCUAAUCCUGAACAUCGUUCUAAAGAAAAGUCUAACAAUGAUAACAAUGUUGAUUAAAAUUACAAAUUAAAUUAAUUUGUUUAUUUUUUUUUUUAUGUUAUGUUUAAUUAUGUUUAUAGUGCAUAAAUAAUACACAUGUUAUUAGGCAUAAUAAAGUAAAUGUUAUAGUUUAAGAGAACAUCAUUCCCAUAUUUACCUCAUAUAUCUCAUAUAUCUCCAUGAAUAAAGCACAGGAAAAUAAUUCUUAGAAGUGAUUUUAUGGUGGAACAUAAUAAUUGAUUUCUAAAAUAUUUUUGUUUCUUCUGAAAGUAGAAGUUUUAAAAUCCCAUUUUUACCUGUUACCUAACUGAUGUGAUUUAGCCCAGCAAAUUGGGUUUACUGUUGAUUAAAAGUACAACAUUAACUUGCACUUUAAUUGACUUCUUCCACCAGUACUUUUAACACAUGUUGGGCUAGGAUUCAUUCAGUGUUUUUUACUAAAUUUCCCUAUUUUUACUUUCCUCAAUUUUACAUAUUUCGGUAGAAAAUAUUCUUAGAAAAGUUUUAAAAGUAAAAUAUUUUAGUAUGAAAGUAAU